GGCGGAGCCGCGCCAGAAGCCCGGCGGGCCGGCCGGCGGCGCCGCCCCGCUGCAGCCCGCGGUGGCAGGCUCCCGGGGACGCUGCGCCAGGUGGCCUGAUCUGCCACCGCAGGCGCGAUUCUCAGGAGCGCUACUACUCCGUGGUGGUCUCCAUCGGGCGGAUCCGGCUCAUGACAAAGGAAGGCCGGAGCCUCGAGGCGGCGCGCAGGUUCCACGCCGCCCUCGUGGAGGUCAAGUGCCGCGUGGAUGCUGGUGCCCCUGGCGCCUCCGAGCCCUUCGAGGACCGCUUCCGCGGGGCGGUGGCGGCCUGCCUCGCGCGGCACCGCCUGGACCCGCACGCCAUGGGCCUGCGCUUCACGGUUUGCCUUGCGGCCCUCUGGCUGCCGCGGCCGCUCGUCACCCCCGCCUUUGGCGCUGCGGGCGAGGCCAUGGACGCGGGCCUGCGGGCCUGGCGGCGCCUGGGCGAGGCCCGCGGCAGCGUGCCCAAGCGCGGGCACGUGCUGCAGGUGGUGAGCCCUGUCGAGAUACAGCGCACGUGGGCCCGCGUCCGGGCGGCCUACCUCGACGUCGUGGGCGAAGCGGGGGGCUCCCGCGUGCGGGCGGCGGGUCGGCUGGACGCCCUGGAAGCGCAGCAGCGGGAGAGGCAGGAGCGGCAGCUCCAGCGCUGGAACUGCAGGCGCAUGGCCGAGGAGGAGGCUCUGCAGAGGCGCCGCGCGCAGGGGCCGCGGCCCCCGCGGCCGGAUGCGGCGCGCCGGCCCGCGGAGGCCCGAGUGCUCGGCGGCAUCGGCGCGCUGCUCCGGCGCUGGGCGCACGUGGCGGGCCAGGCGCCAGCCGAGCGUGCCGCCGCGCUGCGCUGGCCGAGCGCCGGGCGCAUGACCGCCCGCGGGGCCCGCGCGGGCUGCACGGCGCUGCUCUCCAGGCCCGCCCGCGGGCCCGCGGGCGGGUUGCGGGCCUCGAGCGCCGCGGCCGGCAGCUGGCUGCUCUCCACGCAGAUUAUCGGAGCGGGCAGCGGCGCCGUGCGCCUUGGCCUGGGAGUUUCUUCGCGGGCUGCCGCGGAGCAGCGGGCAGCUGUACCUCGGUGCACCGUCGGCUUUUCGCUGGCCGACGACCAGGACUCCAACGAGCUCGACGACAUGGCGCUGGUGGCCAUCGCCUGCGGCAUAUCGGCCAGCCCACGGCCGUCGCUGCAGUACCUGAGCUUGUCGAGGAACCGCUUCGGGGACGCCGGCGUCGAGGCCCUCGUGUCCGCGGUGCAGACCCAGUGCGGCGCUGCCUCGGGCCCAAAGGCCGCCGAGGCACGGCUGCUGCAGCCCGCCGCGCUGGCCAGGUGGCUGCGCGGGCUGGCGAGCGCCCCCAAUGUCCAGCGCAACGCCGCGGCCGCCGAUGGCGCGGGCACCGAGGGUCAGCGCGGCAUGCGCCACCUCGACCUGUCCUUCAACGUCCUCACGGACGAGAGCGCCAGAAGGCUGGCUGAGGCCGUGGCGGAGGGCGGCGCGCCCAACCUGAGGACGCUGAGCCUGGAGCAGACCUGCAUCGAGGGCCCUGGCCGUGAAGCGCUGGAGGGCGCCAUCCGCACCAGCCAGAUGCGCGUGUGCCGCGCCGCCUGGGACGCGUGCAGGGCGUGCGAGGAGGCCGAGCGGCAGCCUGGCGCGCCCGGUGCGGGGCUGCGGCUGUGGGCGCUCCCGCAGCCCCUGCUGGUGCGGGGCGUGGAGCUCGAGAGGCGCCAGCGGACGCCUCCGCCCAUCAGUGACUACGAGGUUGCGCCGUGUCUGCGGUAG